UGAUGACUUUUUUGUGGGGAAGGAACAAUCCUUGUAGCUAAGUGAUACCGAGAUUCUCCAGAAUUCUUUUCUGGUAAUGGGCGGCGGCGGAGCUGAGUGUUUAGACAAGGAAUCUACGGAACGAACUCGUUUUGGAACUCGUUUUCGAACUAUUUCCGGGUGGUUUCUCUUGCAUAAUAAGUCAAAAGUACGAAAAUUUUGGAAGAAAGAAUAUAAAAAAGAAGUAGAAGCCGUACGGGAACGAACCUAGCUACUCGUCAAUGACUCGAGAGCUACCAGCCUUCAUUUCAACUAAUCUUUUCACGUUCCAUUCUAAUUUCUUUGCUAUAUGAGGGAGCGUUUUUGUGAAUGCUAUUCUCAUCUGUUUAAAGUUCCCUGCUUGAUCGAUAGGCUUAGAUGGCUGAGAUUAGGGAAGUUUUGCUCAAUGACAAGAACAGGGUUGAUUAUUAUGAGAACUGCCCCGGUUGUAAGAUUGACCAGAUGAAAGAAGACACGCAUGGCAUUCCUUUCAAGCAUUUGUUCUUUGUCUUUGUCGUGGUUCUCGCUGCAGCUUUGCCAAUAUCGUCUCUGUUCCCUUUCCUAUAUUUCAUGAUAAGAGAUUUCCAUGUGGCGCAACGGGAGGAAGAUAUUGGCUAUUAUGCUGGUUAUGUGGGAUCUGCAUUUAUGUUUGGAAGAGCCCUGACUUCUGUGCUCUGGGGGAUGAUAGCUGAUCGAUAUGGACGAAAGCCUGUAAUAUUUUUUGGCACUAUUACAGUGGUUAUUCUCAAUACUCUUUUCGGCCUUAGUACAAACUUUUGGAUGGCAGUUUCUACAAGGUUUCUUCUGGGAAGUUUGUGUGGUAUUCUUGGCCCAAUGAGGGCAUACGCUUCAGAAAUUUGCCGUAAAGAAUAUCAAGCUUUGGGAAUGUCAAUUAUUAGCACAUCAUGGGGUAUUGGAUUAGUCCUCGGUCCAGCUGUUGGAGGUUUUCUUGCUCAGCCUGCUGAGAAAUAUCCACAGAUAUUUUCUGAAGAAUCUCUGUUUGGGAGGUUUCCAUACUUAUUACCUUGCCUUCUCAUAUCAAUAUUUGCAUUGGGAGUAUCUAUUCUAUGCUUUUGGCUCCCGGAAACGUUACAUAUGCAUACUAAAGACAAUGAAGAGCUUGAGGACUCAAAUGAUGCAGGAGAGGCCACGAUUAAUGGGCCUGAUGGGAAACAAAAUAUGAAAAAGUCUGAGAAGUAUCCACCUUCUCAACAGAGCCUGCUGAAAAAUUGGCCAUUGAUGUCAUCUAUCAUUGUAUACUGUGUUUUCCAACUUCAUGAUAUGGCUUAUACAGAGAUUUUUUCAUUAUGGGCUGUUAGCCCCAGGAAAUAUGGGGGACUGAGCUAUUCAACUGCAGAUAUUGGUGAAGUUCUUGCAAUGACUGGUUUUGGGCUACUAGUCUUUCAGCUAUUUGUAUAUCCCUUGGUGGUGAGAAUUUUUGGGCCCAUCAUGGUAUCUCGCAUUGGAGCAGUUAUUACCAUACCAUUGUUGUCAAGUUAUCCUUUUAUAGCUAUGCUUUCUGGCCUCAGCCUCACCAUAUUGAUAAACUGUGCGUCUAUAAUGAAGAAUGUGCUCUCUGUGUCCAUUACUACAGGGUUGUUCCUUCUGCAAAAUAGAGCUGUGACCCAAAAGCAAAGAGGAGCAGCAAAUGGCAUAUCAAUGUCUGCUAUGUCUUUAUCUAAAGCAAUUGGUCCGGCUGGUGGAGGUUCGCUAUUUUCGUGGGCACAGAAGCGACAGAAUGUGUUUUUUCUUCAAGGUAGCCAUAUGGUUUUCUUCAUCCUGAACAUUAUUGAGUUGAUUGGGUUGCUGAUGACUUUCAAACCUUUUCUAUUGGAGCCAGCUACUGACAGUUCGUAGCUCAAUUUUAGAGGUUGCCUUCCACCUAAAUUUAUUAAUCAUUAAAAAGCGUUGAUGAGUUUUGCAUUUUACAAGUGGUUGGGAUAUG